AUGUUUUACACUAACGUAGAUGAGAACAGCUCUAAUGAUAAUAAUAGCCAAAAUGUUUCCGUCAAACUAUAUGAAACUGAGUGGAAAUAUUUAUUCAAUAUCAUCAACAUUGAUGAACUACGGAUCACCGCUAUUAAAGCCAAAUUGCGGACAUCUAGAUUUAGAAGUCUGUGUUGGCGUCUUUUAUUAGAAAUAUUGCCACCAGAUUCAUCUAAAUGGUUGACUACUAUUGAAAAAUAUCGAUCAUUGUACGAACAAAUUAAAUCAACACAUUACAAUGAUCCUCAUACACAGGAUUCUGGACCUGAUGACCCACUGUCACAGGAAGAAGAUAGUAUUUGGAAACAAUAUUUUAAAGAUAUUGAAUUAAAGAAAAUUAUUGAACAAGAUGUGGUCCGAACUUCCCCUGGAGUUGAAUUUUUUGGAACAGAAAAAAUUCGUAAAAUAAUGAUUGAUGUAUUGUUUUGUUAUUCAAGGGAACAUCCUGAUUUGAGCUAUAGACAGGGUAUGCAUGAAGUCCUUGCGCCAUUAUUAUUUGUUCUGCAUUGUGAUCAUCAGGCAUUACUUCAUGUUUUGGAACAGUCAUCUUCUGAUGUUAGCGAUUUAAUUAAGAAAAUCCUUGAUCCUGCCUUUUUGGAAGCAGACGCGUAUUCUCUGUUUGAUAUUAUAAUGGAAAUAAUGAAGGAUUAUUAUAACGUAAAUGAUUUUAUUGUAUCUGCAUCAAAACCAACUGAGCAUGUAAAGACUAGUUCUACAUAUAAUAGUGAAGUUGUUCAAAAACUGACCAAAAUACGUGACACAAUGUUAACAAAACAUGACCCAGAACUAUAUGGGCAUUUAUUGGAUCUGGAUAUUUCAUUUACUACUUUUGGAGUACGAUGGUUAAGAUUACUGUUUGGAGGAGAAUUUUCAUCAAUGGAUUUAUUAGUGUUAUGGGAUGCUAUUUUUGCUACAUCACCUCAAGACUUUGCAUUGGUUAAUCAUAUUUUUGUGGCUAUGUUGGUCCUUAUACGAAUUCAAUUACUUAAAAGUGAUAAUACUGACUGUUUAAAACAUUUGAUGAGAUAUCCACAUGUUGAUGUGAUGACUGUUAUUGAAUAUGCCUUGCAUAUGUUUGAUCCAAAGAUGUAUAUAUUGCCAUCUAUUAUAAAUUCUCUCAAACAUGACAAAAGUGACAACAUAAAAUCUAAUAUUAUAGAUCACCAGCCAGAACGGCCAACUAAACUCAUUAGUUAUUCACCAAGGCCAACAAGAAAUUCAGCAGAUGAUCUACUUGAAUUGUGUAGAAUUAAGUUAUUGCAGUAUCAUUCCAUUUUAAAUCCAGUUGUCCCUAUUCAGAAUAAAGAGGCAAGACAAGCUUUAACUGGAAUGCUUGAGUUGUGUGGAAUGCUUAAUUCGCGUCCAGGAAUCAUAGAAAUGGGUAAAGAUGUUGUGAGAAGUACAACAACCCCAAUUGAAACAUUGCUUACACCUGAAACACCAGAUGGAGGACCAUUGUUACCUCCUCCUGCUUCUGCCAUCACUAUGAAGGUAUUUCGUAAGACAGAAAAUUCAACUGACUUACAAAUACAAGGGGCACCAAUAAAAAAUCCAUUGAAACAAAUGAAACGGUAAAUACAAUCUCGCAUUUGCUUAAUUUAUUCUAUCUGAUUAACAUUUUAAUAAUUUGAAUUGUCUGUGAUUUGAUAUUUUUACCACUCAUUUUAUGUUUUUAUAUUAGUAUAUUAUGCAUAUAUUUUGUUGUUGUCGUUGUUUUAUUUUUUUUUUUAACUUAUUUACCAUGUAUACUGUUAAAACA